AACUUCCCUCUUUCCACCAUUAUUAUGAAAAAAAUCACACUACACAAAACUCCAUUUUUUCCAAAUCAAAAGUAAUAAAAAGUUCAAGUCUUUUCUCUCUCCUCACUGUCUUCUCAAGUCACUGUGUCUUCUUCUUAAGUUUCUUCCUUAUUGAAGGUGAUCUUAGUUAAUGGAGCUAUGAUUUCUAAUUUAGAUACUGAGGACAAUUAUUAUUUUUGGUUAUAAUUGUUACAAGGCAAAGUGAUGAAGUAUAAUCAGGAAAAAGUUGUCAGGUUUCAGGACUGGGUUCCUCAAAAAAGUGUUGGUGGGCAAAUCUACAUACAAAAUUAUACUCGGUUUGGCAAGUUCAGAAGGUCGAUAGCUUCGAUUUCCGAUAGUUUUAUAAGAGGGUGGAAGUCUUUUCCUCAAAGUUUUAAUAGGAUUAGCAAUUCUUUCAGUGGCAGUUCUUUACGCGAGUCAUGGUCUGCGAAGAAAGUUCUAGAUCCGCAAGGCCCCUUUCUUCAGAAGUGGAAUAAGAUAUUUGUUUUAUCCUGUGUUAUUGCAGUCUCAAUAGAUCCUUUGUUUUUUUACAUCCCCGUGAUCAAUAAUAAUAAAAAGUGCCUGGAUUUAGACCAUAAGUUGGAGAUUACGGCUAGCGUUUUGCGAACCUUCACUGAUAUCUUUUACUUGCUUCAUAUUAUCUUCCAAUUUCGCACUGGUUUUAUUGCUCCCUCUUCUCGGGUCUUUGGUAGAGGGGUUUUAGUCGAAGAUGCAAAAGCAAUUGCAAAAAGAUAUCUCUCUUCCUACUUCUGGAUUGACAUUCUUGCUGUACUUCCCUUACCACAGGUGGCAAUCUUAAUCAUCAUUCCCGAAAUGAGAGGCUCAAGGUCAGCAAACACGAAGGACUUGCUAAAGUUUCUUGUAGUCUUACAGUAUGUUCCAAGAAUUCUUCGAGUCUUCCCGUUAUACAAAGAAGUUACUAGAACCUCUGGCAUUUUGACUGAAACAGCGUGGGCUGGAGCUGCCUUUAAUCUUUUGCUUUACAUGCUUGCAAGUCAUGUAGUUGGAGCAUUUUGGUACUUAUUUUCUAUUGAACGGGAAACUACUUGCUGGAGAAAGGCCUGUAGAGAUCGUCUUCAGUGUAAUUUGGGUGCUUUAUAUUGUGACAUGAGUUCUGGAAACAACACAUAUUUGGAAGAAUUCUGCCCUAUCAAAAGUGACAAUUCAGGGCCCUUUGAUUUUGGAAUGUUUCUUAAUGCCCUCACAUCUGGUGUAGUCGAGACAACAGAUUUUCCAAAGAAACUCCUUUUCUGUUUCUGGUGGGGCCUACAAAAUUUAAGUUCACUUGGUCAAAACCUUCAAACAAGUACCUAUAUCUGGGAAAACUGCUUUGCCAUUUUGAUUGCUAUUGCUGGUUUGGUGUUGUUUGCAUUUCUUAUUGGAAAUAUGCAGACAUAUCUGCAAUCUAUUACAACACGGCUGGAGGAGAUGAGAGUGAAAAAGCGAGAUGCGGAGCAGUGGAUGUCACACCGUCUACUCCCUCAGGAUCUAAGGGAUAGGAUUAGGCGAUAUGAACAAUACAAGUGGCAAGAAACAAGAGGUGUGGAUGAAGAAAGUUUAAUCCAGAACCUUCCAAAGGAUUUGAGGAGGGACAUAAAGCGUCACCUUUGCCUGGAUUUAGUUACAAGGGUCCCAAUGUUUGAAAAAAUGGACGAUCAGUUGCUGGACGCAAUGUGUGACCGCCUGAAGCCAGUACUUUACACAGAAAGCAGCUUUGUCAUCCGGGAAGGAGACCCAGUGGACGCAAUGGUUUUUGUAAUGCGUGGCAAGCUGCUAACAAUGACCACAAAUGGUGGCCGAACAGGGUUUUUCAAUUGUGAAUAUCUAAAAGCUGGUGAUUUCUGUGGCGAGGAACUCCUCACAUGGGCCCUCGACCCAAACCCAUCAUCCAAUUUGCCUCUUUCAACCCGAACGGUCCAAACCCUUACCGAAGUCGAAGCUUUUGCUCUAAUGGCUGAUGACUUGAAAUUUGUGGCCUCUCAAUUUAGAAGACUUCACAGCAAGCAACUUCGGCACACAUUUAGGUUUUACUCCCAGCAAUGGAGGACUUGGGCUGCUUGCUUUAUACAGGCAGCUUGGAGGCGGUAUCACAGAAAGAAGAUGGAGCAAUCUCUCAAGGAAGAAGAGGACCGUUUACAAGAUGCUUUAGCAAGGGAAGCUGGGAGUUCCUCACCAAGUUUAGGUGCUACUAUUUACGCCUCGAGGUUUGCUGCAAAUGCGCUUCGUGCUUUACGGAAAAACGGGGCACGGAAAGCGAGGUUGCCGGAGAGAAUAUCGCCUAUUCUUCUUCAGAAACCGGCAGAGCCAGAUUUCUCAGUGGAAGAUAAGUAGUGAAGGAAAGGAGUUUCUAUUGUUUUGGUUGGUGUAGAAAUGAUUGUAUUAUGGUGAUGUUAGGGUGAAAGUUAAAUCUAACACAUUGUUUGAGCUAAUCUGUGUAUAUUUUAAUUGUAUAUCUGUAUCUAUUCUAUGUGACUAUGGCAAUAUGCUGGUUAGCAAGAAAAGAAGGUUGACUAAUGAAUCUGUAUAUGAUUGUGCAAAA